AUGCGGCUCGUCGGUCUGUCGGCCGAGGAGCUGUACCUGGGAUGUCCCUCCUUACUACCCCCCCUCUCCCCACCCUCACCCUCUCCCCUUCACCGUCACCCUCACACCCCCCGUAUUCGGUCACGAUCAUUACCAGGAAUUAACUUGACCUCACCUUCAACCUACAAGACACCAGAUAGGACGCAGAGGAGAACAGCUGAGACGCUGGUUGGCCGCUGUGCUCCGGCUCUACGCAAACAGCUUCAGGAGCUUCAGACCAAGCUGUCGGCAGAGAAAGAAGAGUCCAAAAACUCCAAGAGACGAGCCGACUUCCUGGAGGGCGAGCUGAUGCAGGUCAGGGGUCAGCUGGACAGUGUCGCUGAAACACUUGAUCAGAUCCAGCGGAGAAGCAGCAAACAGGAGAUGAAACUCCUGGAGGCUCACGAGAUGAUCGCAGAUAAAGAAGGAAUCAUCGAGGAGAAGGAACACAACAUACUGCUGGUCAAAAAGGAGAUCGAGGACCUGGUAAAAGAAAACGAGAAUCUCAAAGGCGACAUCGACGAGCUUCGUAGAGUUUACGCCGACUACCAAGCGGCUCCCAGCUCCUCGUCAGUUGAUCCGCCAGCGUACGUGCAGCCGGAUGACGUUCAACCAGCUGCUUCGUCCAUCCAAGACGGAUCCGAGCAGUCCGAAAACCUGUAUGAGACCAUUGGGAGUGAAGAACCAGAGGAAGAGCAGGCGUUGGUUUGCCGCCACUGCCAGGAGAGAUUCCCGGGCAUCACGCAGCAGGAGCUGGAGCAGCACGAGCAGAGUCACCGAGUGUGUCCCUUCUGCACCAUGAUCUGUGACAACAUGGAGCAGUCCGUGUUCGAAGAUCACGUCUACAGUCACGAGCUGUGAGCGAGCCAAUAAAAAGCCCCCCCCCCC